AUGUCGAAGGCCACCUCGGAUAAGAAGCCUUACUUUGGCUUGACUGGAAUGGCGCUCAACGCCUGGGUCAAUAUCGCAUGUAUCACGGCUAUGACACUUUUCGGAUACGACCAAGGCGUAUAUGGCGGAAUCAUAGUCACAGAGGACUUUUUGCGAACGAUGGGCUACCCCAACUCUCAACUUCAAGGCACCAUUGUCUCUCUGUACGAUAUUGGAUGUUUCGUCGGUGCUAUGAGCUCUUUUGCUUUCGGCGAAAAACUCGGGCGAAAGAAGAUGCUCAUUAUCGGUGUCGUCGUCAUGUCUAUCGGGGCCAUCAUUCAAACCGCGUCUUUUAACGUCACUAUGAUCCUUGUUUCUCGUAUCAUUACCGGUCUUGGUAAUGGCGUCAACACGGCUAACGCUCCAGUCUGGCAAAGCGAAACCACCAAGGCGUCCCUUCGAGGAAAAGUUAUAAUACUCGGGAUGAUUAUGAACAUCGCCGGCUAUGCGAUUAGCAAUUGGAUGACUUUCGGAUUAAGUUUUGUCAAAGGAAGUAUCAGCUGGAGGCUUCCUCUCGCUUUCCAACUCGUCUUCUCAAUCAUUCUACUUUGCACCAUCCCGUGGCUUCCGGAAAGUCCACGCUGGCUUCUUGCGCACGGACACGAGGAACAGGGCGCUGCUAUCCUCGCGGCGCUCGAGGGAGAGCACGUGAAGCCGACGGACAUUAUGAUCAUCGAACGGAAGACGGAGAUUCUCGAGGCCGUUCGUAUUGAAAAGGAGACAUUUCCCAACUGGUCGGACCUCUUGCGCGGGCGUACUGGUCAGAGCGGUAUGGUCAAACGAAUGAUCCUCGGCGUUGGAACACAGUUGAUGCAACAGCUCUCCGGGAUCAACGUCACGACCUAUUAUCUUCCUCUAGUGCUACAGAACUCUGUUGGUCUUUCGAACCGUCUCUCCAGACUUCUCGCUGCUUGCAACGCGAUAUCUUACCUCGUUUUUUCUUUUGCUGGUCUGUAUCUCAUUGAGCGAGCCGGUCGAAGGAAGCUUUUGAUGUUCGGCGCUGCGGGUCAAGCUGUGUGCUACAUUCUUAUUGCUGCGUUUCUGUCCCAAAACUACGGUGCCGCUGCGACUGCAUUCUUCUUCUUCUUCUAUGUCUUCUUUGGGUCUUGUUGGCAGGGUGUUCCUUGGCUCUACCCCGUAGAGAUCAACUCGCUUUGCAUGCGAACUAUGGGCGCAGCAUUGGCCACCGGAAUGAAUUGGAUAAUAAACUACGCCGUGGUACAAGCUACACCACCAGGUAUCGAUCGUCUUGGCUGGAAAUUCUACCUUAUCUGGAUGUCGUUCAACAUUGCCAUUAUUCCUGUUAUAUACUUGUUCUACCCAGAGACUUCGAAUAGACAUCUCGAAGACAUUGAUAGAUUGUACCGAGAGCACCAGGGGAUGGUGUUUGUGUUCCGAAACAAGGAAGCGACUCAGACGGAGCGGCCGGCGCACUACGCGCAGACGGAUGUGGAACGGGUGGCGCAUGUGAAGGAUGUGGCGGGCAUCGACCAUCUGGAGCACGCUGAGCUUGAGCCAGAGUCGGCAGAGAAGAAAUAG